CUGCGUGUCAUUCAAGGCGUAUGUCGCACGGUGACAAUUAUCCUGAGAGUCGCGCGGAUGAUCAAGGUGUUCUUCAUUAUCUUUGCAGCGUCCAUACUCGCGUUUGCACAUACGUUCUUACAUUUGUUGUGGGCCAAGACCAUCGAUGAUGAAGACAGGACUAAAAAUGCUGCAAAUUUCCCUCGUGAUUUUCCAGGCGCCCUUUCGGCCACGUAUUUUUUUAUGGUAAUAUAUCUAUGCACAUAUUAUAUUGAUAUUGAUAUGAUGGUAAGUAACAUGGUGUUGAUCUCUUUAUUUCAUUUUAUUUAUUUAUUUUACUUUAUUUAUUUAUUGUGGUUUGUCGAAAGGGUGGACGAUAUGACCCCGUAAAUGACAAAUUUGGAUCCGAUGAUGUUGCCUUUCACAUCAUAAUGGCUCUCUACUUCUUCACCACAGUUAUCCUUAUUCUCAAUGUACUAAUCG